AUGUCAACUGUGAAGUUUGAACUGGAUUAUCUUUCUUCUGAAGACUUCAGACAUGAGCAUGCUUCGAACUCAGAUUUUACUUUAACCUCUUUGACUGAAUUCUCUGGUGAUUCUAGUCAAUUGGAACUUCAGCACUCUCAUUCUGUUCCUGCUGGCCUGCGAAAGUACUCAUAUCAUCAUGGGCUUGAGAAGAGUGUGUGGGCUGCCAAUGGCAUAUAUAAUGAAGGUAUGAAUGUAAGCAAGAGUGAGAUUGCAAAAGAAACUCCCUUAAAACCAUCUCGGAGGUCCCUGCCUUGCCUGGCCCAGAGCUUUGCCUACUCAAAGAGCCUGAGCCAGUCCACCUCACUCUUCCAGUCCAUUGAGAGUGAACCCCAGGUUCCCACUUCUGUGACCUCAAUCUCCGUUGACAAAGCAGAGCAAGUUAACCCUGAGGAGGAUAAAGAAGACUCUGUACUUAAAUGUUCUUUUGCUGACCUCAGUGACUUUUGCUUAGCCCUAGGAAAAGAUAAGGAUUUCCUGGAUGAAUCAGAACAUGCUAAUUAUGACCGAUCUCGGCUAAUUAAAGAUUUUGUUCCCAAAGAUGAUUCUGAAUCCAAGAAAAGAUUGUCUAAGAAUGACAUGAAUUACAUAGCAUCCAGUGGACUUCUAUUCAAAGAUGGCAAAAAGCGGAUUGAUUACAUUCUGGUUUAUAGAAAGUCAAACAUACAGUUUGACAAAAGGAAUACAUUUGAAAAGAACCUCAGGGCAGAAGGCUUGAUGUUGGAAAAGGAGCCAGCCGUUGCGAAUGCUGAUAUCAUGUUUAUUAAAAUUCACAUUCCAUGGGACACGUUGUGCAAGUAUGCAGAGAGGCUGAAUAUCAGGAUGCCCUUCAGGAAAAGAUCCUAUUACACUGACCCACGGAGCAAAUCAACGGGCAGUAUGCACAAUUAUUUUAGAAGACUCAAAAAGUGGAUGUCCCAAAACCCAAUGGUUCUAGACAAGUCAGCCUUUCCAGACCUGGAGGAGUCAGACUGCUACACUGGCCCCUUCAGCCGUGCGCGGAUUCACCACUUCAUAAUAAACAAUAAGGACACUUUCUUCAGCAAUGCUACUCGAAGCAGGAUAGUCUAUCACAUGCUUCAGCACACCAAAUAUGAAAAUGGAAUAUCAAAAGUGGGUAUCUGUAAACUGAUAAACAAUGGCUCAUAUAUCGCAGCUUUUCCCCCACAUGAGGGAGCUUACAAGAGUAGCCAGCCCAUCAAAACCCAUGGACCUCAGAAUAACAGACAUCUAUUAUAUGAGCGCUGGGCACGCUGGGGAAUGUGGUACAAGCACCAGCCCCUGGAUUUAAUCAGGCUGUAUUUUGGUGAGAAGAUUGGGCUAUACUUUGCUUGGCUGGGAUGGUAUACUGGAAUGCUGAUUCCUGCAGCACUGGUUGGCUUGUGUGUUUUCUUCUAUGGAAUAUUUACAAUGAAUGCAAGUCAAGUAAGCAAAGAAAUUUGCAAGGCCACUGAAGUCUUCAUGUGCCCUCUCUGUGAAAAGAACUGCUCACUACAGAGACUCAACGAAAGCUGUAUCUAUGCUAAGGUGACAUACUUGUUUGAUAAUGGAGGGACAGUCUUCUUUGCUAUUUUUAUGGCAAUAUGGGCCACAGUCUUCCUAGAGUUUUGGAAAAGAAGAAGAAGUACACUGACCUAUACUUGGGACCUUAUUGAAUGGGAAGAAGAAGAGGAAACACUUCGUCCCCAGUUUGAAGCAAAGUAUUACAAGAUGGAGAGAGUGAAUCCCAUUAGUGGAAAACCUGAGCCACAUCAGCCUUCUUCAGACAAAGUCAGUCGUCUUCUUGUUUCUAUAUCAGGAAUAUUCUUCAUGAUUUCUUUGGUGAUCACUGCAGUGUUUGCAGUUGUGGUGUAUCGCCUGGUUGUCAUGGAACAGUUUGCAUCAUUCAAAUGGAAUUUCAUCAAACAACACUGGCAAUUUGCAACAUCUGCUGCUGCUGUCUGUAUCAAUUUUGUAAUCAUCAUGGUCCUGAAUCUUGCUUAUGAAAAAAUUGCUUAUCUUCUCACUAAUUUAGAAUAUCCUCGAACAGAAUCUGAAUGGGAAAACAGUUUUGCCCUGAAGAUGUUCCUCUUCCAGUUUGUUAAUUUAAACAGUUCUAUCUUCUACAUCGCUUUCUUUUUGGGGAGAUUUGUAGGCCACCCAGGAAAUUACAAUAAACUUUUUAACCGGUGGAGACUGGAGGAAUGUCAUCCUAGUGGCUGCUUGAUAGACCUCUGCCUCCAGAUGGGUGUUAUCAUGUUUUUGAAGCAAAUAUGGAACAACUUCAUGGAAUUGGGAUAUCCGUUGAUCCAGAACUGGUGGUCACGACAUAAAAUCAGGCGGGGAAUACAAGAUGCUUCUAUACCUCAGUGGGAAAAUGAUUGGAAUCUGCAGCCCAUGAAUAUUCACGGACUAAUGGAUGAAUACUUAGAAAUGGUUUUGCAAUUUGGUUUCACCACCAUAUUUGUUGCGGCUUUUCCUCUGGCCCCUCUUUUGGCUUUGUUAAACAACAUCAUUGAAAUCAGGCUGGAUGCAUACAAAUUUGUCACCCAGUGGCGGAGGCCUCUGCCAGCCAGAGCAACUGACAUAGGUAUCUGGUAUGGAAUUCUUGAAGGAAUUGGAAUCCUGGCUGUGAUCACCAAUGCAUUUGUAAUUGCUAUUACAUCUGAUUACAUCCCACGUUUUGUCUAUGAAUACAAAUAUGGCCCCUGUGCAGGUCAUUUUGAAUAUGGUGAAAAUUGUUUAAAGGGAUAUGUCAACAAUAGCCUAUCCUUCUUUAACCUGAGUGAGCUUGGCCUGGGAAAAUCUGGUUAUUGCAGGUACCGAGACUACAGAGGUCCCCCUUGGAGUUCCAAACCUUAUGAGUUCACCUUACAGUACUGGCAUAUCCUCGCUGCUCGGUUGGCCUUCAUUAUCGUGUUUGAGCACCUUGUGUUCGGCAUCAAGUCAUUCAUCGCAUACCUGAUUCCAGAUGUACCGAAGAACCUUUAUGACCGAAUACGACGGGAAAAGUACUUAGUCCAAGAAAUGAUGUAUGAAGCUGAGCUAGAGCAUUUGCAGCAACAGCGGAGAAAAAGUGGUCACCCUGUUCACCAUGAAUGGCCUUAG